AUGACCGUGACUUCGCCUGCGGACAAGGCCGCGGCGACUGCCCUGAAAACCAAGGGCAACCAGGCUUUUGCUGCCCACGACUGGCUCUCUGCUGUAGACUACUACACCAAAGCAAUAGAGAAAUACGAGGCAGACCCCUCGUUCUACUGCAACCGCGCUCAAGCAAACAUCAAACUCGAGGCGUACGGUUAUGCCAUCGCCGACGCCACAAAGGCCAUCGAGCUUGACAAGGACUAUAUCAAGGCUUACUGGCGACGAGCAAUAGCCAAUACUGCCAUCUUGAGUCCCCAAGAAGCGCUUCGAGAUUUCAGGACCGUGUGCCGAAAAGAGCCCAACAAUCGCGACGCAAAGCUCAAACUUGCAGAAUGCGAAAAGCUGGUCAAGAAGCUAAACUUCCUCAAGGCGAUCGAAGUCUCAGAUCCUCCCUCAGCGUUCGAGGGGUUGGACUUGGACUCAAUAGAGGUCGACGAGAGUUACGAUGGCGUGCGGUUAGAUCAGGACAUGACGCAAGACUUCAUUGACGACAUGAUACAGCGCUUCAAGAAUGGCAAGAAGAUACACAAGAAAUACGUUUUCCAGAUCAUCAAGGCCGUAAGGGACAUUGUGUACGAUGAACCGACUAUGGUCGAGAUGGAGGUCCUGCCGGACACGAAGUUGACGGUGUGCGGAGACACACAUGGUCAAUUCUUCGAUCUGCUAGAGAUCUUCCGGCUCAAUGGCUACCCGUCAGAGAAGCAAGGGUAUCUUUUUAACGGUGACUUUGUGGAUCGCGGGUCGUGGUCGACCGAGAUCGCAUUAUUGCUGUACGCGUACAAGUGGUUACGACCCAACUACUUUUUCUUGAAUCGCGGCAACCACGAAACCGACGACAUGAACCGAGUGUACGGUUUCGAGGGCGAAUGCAAGGCCAAGUACAACGAAAAAACCUUCAGGCUCUUCUCCGAGUCCUUCUCCGCGCUACCUCUGGCCACUCUGAUCGGCAAGAAGUACCUGACCCUGCACGGCGGUCUCUUCUCGGACGACAAGAUCACGCUGGACGACAUCCGCAAACUCGACCGCCACGGGCAGCGCCAACCAGGGCAAGCCGGGUUGAUGAUGGAAAUGCUGUGGACAGAUCCCCAACCUCAGAAUGGCAGAGGCCCCAGCAAACGAGGCGUAGGCUUACAGUUCGGUCCUGAUGUCACCAAAAGGUUCUGCGAAAACAACGGGCUCGAAGCUGUGAUCCGCAGUCACGAGGUGCGGAUGGACGGUUACGAGGUCGAGCACGAUGGGAAGUGCAUAACGGUCUUCUCGGCACCAAAGUACUGUGACACGACCGAGAACAAGGGAGCCUACAUCAACAUCGGCCCCGAGUUGAAGCUCGAAUACCAUCAGUUUGACGCUGUUCCUCAUCCUGAUAUCAAGCCGAUGGCAUACGCAACCAACAGUCCCCUGAUGAAUAUGAUGUAG